AUGGCCGGGCCAUCGCCAAUGCUGGGCGCAUCCGCAACGCCCACACAAAAAUCAUUCGCGUCUCAGCCGACCCCGGGCCCCAUCAGCCCGCUGAACACGCGCCCCAGCCUCGACCGCGAUGCCCUGCUAUCCCCCGCGGCUGGCGGCCCCAAUGGCGCCUCCAGCGUCCGCCCUAGCACCUUGUCAACCUCCUCCGUGAGCUUCUCCUCGCGGGGCCUCUCAAUGAAUCAACUCACCGGCCCUGGCAGCUUCAGCUCCGAUCUGCGUAGCCAUGCCUCUGCCGUGUCCUCGCGUGCUGUCUCGAGAGGGGGCGAGGGGUAUGGCGCCAUGGACCGUUUGAACGAGGGCGAGGACGAUGGCGCUGCCGAAAAAAACCUCGCCUCUCUCCGUGAGACCCUCAAGCGGGAGAUCAAGAUCAAAGAAGGUAGCGAGAACAUGUUGGAGGCCCUCAACUCCAAGAAGGCCAAACAGGCCAAAGAUCAGCGCCAGAGGGUCGAGGCCGAGCUCAAAGCAUCCAACCAGAGGAUCAGGCUCCUCACCGACAGGAUAGCAGAGGCGGAGCAAAGCCGCACCACUCCCCUGACCCCUUCCCGGACACGCGCCGACGUCGUCUUUCAGAGCAGCACCGGUCUAAGAUCGCCGAGGAGUGCUUCUCGCAGCGGGGCUGGCUCCGACCUCGACGAGCCCACCGAGUCUCCCACCUUCGCUCUGGCCGAGAUCCUGCAAGCCCUCGAGGUCGAUGGCAUGAAUCCUGCCUACUACGUCGGCCGAGCCAACAAUCUUGUCGACCUGUUCAAGAGGCAUCCCACUCUCAAAUACGACCUGGUAUGGUCUGUGUUCGGGUUGAGGACCCAGGCAAUGCUGUUGAGCGACAGCAGGGAGGUUGUCGCGGCCAGCUACAGGAUGACGAGAUACGCCAUAUCCGACGUUUCGUCGCUCAAGAAAAUCCGGACCCUCAACACCGACUACAUUGUGGUCCAUUCCCUGAGCAAGGACCGCAAGGCAGACCUCGAGCGAGAGCAGGCGCUCAAGUUUGUUCGUGCAUUCCUGGACGUCAAGGAUGGGGUUCGAGAGCUCUCGAGAGCUGUUGUCCGCACAAUUGCCGCGGUGGCGGAACAGCCCGAAGACAGGCUCCGUUCGAUAUGCCUCGAGACCCUGGCCGAGAUCCUCAUCAAGGAUCCGCCACUUCUCGUAAGCUGCGGCGGCCUGGGGUCUCUGUCCGAAGCCAUGGGAGACGGUUCCUACAAGUCGCCCGAGAGUCUCACAGGCGUGUUACUCUACCUCCUCGACUCCCCUCAGAGACGCAAGUACUUGAGACCUGGAUAUGAGCUUGAGGUUCUGUUCACCGUCUUCACAGACCAGUUCGUGGCCAACGAAAAACUCCUGAAGCAAAACUCCAGAGCCAUCGCGACGGCCCUCAAGACCUGGUCCGGUCUCCUGGCUCUGUCCAUGUACAACUUCAGGGCUGUCAGGUCUCUUGUGGGCAGCUUGGUGCUCCCAAGCGAGCCCAUUCGGGAGUCGGUCGUGGAGUUGCUGUACUCGCUUUUGCGCAUCAAAUCACCGGCAUGGGCAAGCUCAUUCUUAGCUGGCCGGCGACUUACAACCUACGGUAGGGUAGCCAACCUGAAAUCAGCACCGCUCAAAAGUCCGAGCAGUUAUGUUGAAGACGACGCAGGGGAGCAGAACUUUGUGGAGCACUACACGGCGCUCCUAUUGGCUAUUUUCAUCAAGAACGGGCUCCUUCCCGCCCUGCUAGGGCUAGUUAGGGACGCCGAGAGCCCGAUGCUCAAGCGCAAGACCACGCUCCUCAUCGGCGAAGUCCUGCGGCUCUCCAGCCGUCUGCUGCCGCCUUCGUGGAGCAACGAACUACAACUCCUCCCAGAGCUGUUCGCCGCUGCAGCGCGCUUCGACGAGGAUGAGCACUUCAUCGCCACCGGAAUGGUGUACCAAAUCAGUAGCAUCAGCAAAACACUUCACCGCUCGUCGCCCUCGACCUGGUCCCCAUCUGUCCCGUCGACCAUCGAAACCGCCCUCGCGGCCGACGAGCAGCCGAGGACCAACACUUCGGCAAACUUGGAUGACGCGACGUUCCGCCAGCUGCUCAUCGAAUCGGCUGUUCUCAGUAGCUCCAACUACAACAAGUGGAGGUGGGACGUGGUGCUGAGGAUUAUUGAAGGGCCCCUGACUAGCGGAAAACGACUCGAGGAGGCGCUCAAGGCGUCAAAGUUCGUCAAGCGCGUCGUCAAUUUCUUCCGGCCCUUCAAGUACAAGUUCUCCGAGGUACCCAACACGCGAAACGCACAAAAGUACAUCCGCGCCGGGUGCGCGCUCAUGCACACAUUCCUCCAGACACCCGAGGGUGUUCGCUACUUGAUGGACAGCAAGCUGCUGCGACAGAUAGCAGAAUGCCUUGCCCAGUGCGACCCGACCAGCGGCAUCUCUGCGCAGUUUCUCAUGUUUUCCAAGGACCGUCUGUCAGACACCCUGCGCGGCGGCUACAUCACCAUGCUCGGCGUACUGAGCAGCGACCUCAAGGGCCUCCAAAUGCUAGACCGGUGGCGUAUUUUCAACAUGAUGUAUCACAUUGUCGACUUGAAGCAGCGGCCGGACAUGGUCAAGCUGCUUCUCUCGAACCUAGACUACAGCCUACAAGGGCAUCCGCGUGUGCUACUUUCCAAAGCCCUAACAUCGGGCACCAAGGAUAUCAGGAUACAUGCCACCAACAUCUUGCGCAAAUACACGGCGGCGCCCAAGCACGCCAGCUCCGUCUUUGCGCAACCCACACCCUCGCAGAACAUGGUCGACUUCAAGUGGGCCAUCCAACUACUGGUGACACAGCUAUACGACCCGGACGUGGAGGUCUGCGCCACCGCCGUCAAGAUACUCGAGAAGGCAUGCAACACAAAAGACUACCUAGAGUAUCUCGUGGAGUGCCGUCCAGCCCUGGACCAUUUGGGAGAGAUUGGGGCACCACUUCUACUGCGCUUCCUGUCGAGCUCCAUCGGAUAUCACUACUUGGACGGGUUGGACUAUAUCAGCAACGAGAUGGACGAUUGGUUCCUGGGGCGCAACGACUCGUACGUCGCCCUGAUCGAGGCCAGUCUAGGGCGCGCAUUCCUGGAGAGCACCGAUGACCAAGCCGGUCGCAUGAGCGUGUUGGACGAACCUGACGCCGACUCGGACGCGCAUAUCCCCCCGCACUUUUACCGCGAGCUUACGCGCACGCGCGAGGGAUGUAAGCUGCUGGCGGACAAGGGCCACUUCGACGAGUUUGUGACCACGAUCCGCGAGUACGGGAUGCAGUCAGACGACGCCGAGAUGAUGGUCAAGGUCAAGGCCUGUCUGUGGGCCAUCGGCAACGUCGGGUCCAUGGAGCUUGGCGCACCCUUCCUCGAGAGCUGCGACGUGGUGGAGCACAUUGUCAAAAUCGCACAGGAGCAUGAGAUGCUGAGCCUGCGCGGCACCGCCUUCUUUGUGCUGGGGCUGAUAUCGCGCUCCAUCCACGGGCUCGAGAUACUUUCCGAACAUGGAUGGGAUUCCAACACGAACAUGCUGGGCGAGUCACUGGGCUUCUGUCUCCCCUCGGAUCUGUCCAAGUUCUUCUCAGUGAAGCCAUGGCGACACGAGACGCCGGCAUCUAUUCGGCUCCCGAGCAGUCAGAAGACGAUACAGUCGGAGCCGCCAGCGAUGCCCAACCGCCCGCGCUCCGAGUCGAUAAUAAGCGCGCUUGGGAGCGACGCCGGGCAGGACGCCAAGGUAGAGCUCGAUACCGACCCGAUGAACCAGCGCAUCCUCGAGCUCGUCAUCGACCUCGGCAACGUGGUGCUCUGGAAGCGGGCGAUGCAGUCGCUCAUGCAGUUGAAGCACCAGAAGAAGGCACCCGGCUUUCGCCAGCCCCGCGUUUUCUGCAAGGUCAUGGCACUGCUCGAAUGUCACCACUACCGGCUACCGUCACGCAUGGUACUGGAUCUGUUUGACAAGAGCGUGCUCCGGCGCGUCGUUUUUGAGGAGGACGGCGAUGACGACCAAGUAGUCGAGGGGCAACCGACACGCGAUGUAGAGGGAGAAAGACCACCACGCGAACGAGACACCGAGGACGAGGAUAGUGACGACGACGAAGACGACGACGACGACGACGACGACGAUGAUGAUGAUGAGAGCUCAGAUGAUGAGGAGGAAUAUGACGACGACGGGCGCACUGAGAGGCAAAGAAGUAUCAGCGACCCUCCUAUACUAGCUAGCGCUUCAUAA